CACUCUGAGGAAGAGGGAGAGGCCGCGAUGACCGCCCCCAGGAAAGGCUUCUACCGCCAGGAGAUCACCAAGACCGUCUGGGAAGUGAGGGAGCGCUACCGAGAGCUGCAGGCGGUGGGCUCCGGAGCCUACGGCGCCGUCUGUUCAGCUAUUGACCAGAAAAGUGGAAGCAAGGUGGCUAUCAAGAAGUUGUACCGCCCAUUUCAAUCAGAGCUUUUUGCCAAAAGAGCCUAUCGGGAACUGCGUCUUCUGAAGCACAUGAAGCAUGAAAAUGUAAUUGGGCUUUUAGAUGUCUUCACACCAGAUCCUUCACAGGAUAAAUUUAAUGACUUUUACCUUGUCAUGCCAUUUAUGGGAACAGACUUAAGUAAAAUAAUGAAGCAUGAGAAACUAACUGAAGAUAGGAUCCAGUUCCUGGUUUACCAGAUGUUAAAGGGUCUAAAGUAUAUCCAUUCAUCUGGCAUAAUUCAUAGAGAUUUAAAACCUGGAAACCUAGCGGUUAAUGAAGACUGUGAGUUGAAGAUUUUAGAUUUUGGGCUGGCAAGACAUACAGAUAGUGAGAUGACUGGCUAUGUGGUUACUAGGUGGUAUCGAGCCCCAGAAGUUAUACUUAAUUGGAUGCAUUAUACACAAACAGUGGAUAUCUGGUCAGUGGGGUGUAUAAUGGCUGAGAUGGUAACUGGAAGGCCCCUUUUCAAGGGCAAUGAUCAUUUGGACCAGCUUACAGAAAUUAUGAAAGUUACAGGCACACCAACUCAGGAUUUUGUUCAGAAACUACAAAGCCAAGAUGCGAAAAAUUAUAUCAAAAACCUUCCACAAGUAGAGAAAAAAGAUUUUGCUGCCAUUUUGAAAAAUGCAAACCCUUCAGCUGUAAAUCUUUUGGAAAAAAUGUUGGUGUUAGACCCAGAGAAGAGAAUAACAGCAAGUGAAGCUUUGGCACAUUCUUAUUUUGAAACAGUUCAUGAUCCUGAAGAGGAAAACAAAGCAGAGAAAUAUGAUGACACUUUUGACAACAUGGAUCUGCCCCUGGAUGAAUGGAAGUGUAUCACAUAUAAAGAAGUUGUAAACUUUAAGCCAUUGCAAUUGCCUGAGUCAAAAGAAACGGUAGUAUAACAUCAAGUUGUGGGUUUGUUUAAAAACAGAGUAAAGAAAAGAGAUUGUAAAUGUUAAAUUUAUGUAAAUGUAUAUAUGUAUAUAAUUGUACAAAUCUUUUAUAAAUUAGAUGUAACAAUUUUAAUAUGAAUUUUGAAGCCAUUGUGCUGAUUUUUUUUAUAUCGUAAAUUACAGCAGUCCCUCUGUAACCUUAAAAUUCUCUUAUAGAAACAAAACUCCCCAAGAUGGAUAUUGAUAUGUUUACCACCUCUAUUAUGAUAUUUUUCAAGGUAUUCCUUGAUUUACGACCACAAUUGGGAACAGAAUUUCCAUCAUAAAUCAUUGUGAUUGUAAGUUGAAUCUGAUUUUAUGAUAACUUUUACAGCCAUCAUUAAGUAAAUCAACACAAUUCUUAAAUGAAUCACAUGAUCAGUAAGCAAAUCCAGCUUUCUCAAUGGGCAUUUUUUGCCAGAAAUUGACAAAAAA